AUGGAUGAUUUUGGUCCUGUAGGCGGACGCCAAGGUCGUAGUUAUUUAAGCCAAGCCCUGUUGGAGGAAAGCGAGGUUCAAAGCCAGAUCUCUGUGGGUUCAAGCAAACAGCGUCGCAUUUCAGGAGAGAGCACGAAAAGCGAUCGGAAAAUCUCUACCCAAGAGGAAAGUCGAAAGAUUUCAGUUCCUGGACGACGAAUUUCUGCUGCGUCAUAUUUCAGCAGCUGGAAGAAACCAACGGAAACGAGUGCUGUAAAGGAACAGAGAAGGAGGUUGAUGGAGAAUACAUAUCGCCUUGAACCGAAGAUUCGACUCCCUGAAGGAACCGUUCGUGCAAUUAUCACAGAAGCUUUGGAUACCUUAAAGUCACAUUCAUACAGCGCUACUCAUUCGCCGUUUAUUGCUAAGUUACUGACCACUCGUAUACUAGAAAGUGUGAAGCAAUUGAACAUUGAGCGCUACAAGUUUGUUUGUCUGGUUACCAUUGGAACGAAAGGAUCUCAGGAUUUAAGAAUAGCAAGUCGGUGCCUGUGGGACGAUCAGUUUGAUACAUUUGUCAGUGUUUGCUUUGAAAGACAAGAAUUUUUCGCGGUGGGAACAGUUUAUGGUGUUUAUUUUGAAUAGCAUGUAUCCUCCUUUUGGAGAAUUUUCAUCCCGUGUUUAGAAACUGAUAACAAUUGUGGCAACCGUUGCUGGAGAAAUUCAAUACUGCAGUUUGUGGUCGACAUCCUUCAUUCAGAAAUACUUUACCGUCUAGGACCGACUCCGUGCAUCGUUUAAAUACGUUAGCGUUCAUUUUUAUUCUCAGAGACGUCAGCCAACUCCACUAAAGCAACUGAUACGCUGUGAGGAGAAUUGCGCCAGUGAGAAAGUGAAAUUACUUAUCUUGUCACUGAAUUAGACAAAACAGACUCUAAAAUAGCACUGGCGUGAGAUAAAAGAUCGGGCAUUAGGUUAACAAAACAUCAUGUGGUUAGAUUUCGAGAUUCCAAAGAGUUUAUUAGGAUUAAUCCGGUAGGAAAUACGUUGCUCUCGGAUGGGAUCAAUUAUCAUUAUAAUUUAUCUUCCAAUUCUCUUACCUGACGAUCUUACGUUUUCUUAAUAGUUUUUACUGUGAAUUUGGUGUUACAUCUCUACAAUUCUUCCACAGUGUACUAAAAAUUCUUAGGAUAACUUAUACGGGCAGAUCGAUCUCUAGAGUUAGAGGUCAGUUUAUUUUUGUCAACCGAUAAUUGGACUAGCUAUUAAAACUUACCAGAGAAUUGUGUAUGGUUUACACGCACAAUCUUUUAACAGAUAAUCGGCCAGAAUGAUCGACGAAUCAGUGGCAGAGGUUGAGACUCGUUAGGCGCCGAAUAAUCUGGUUUGAGAAUCUGCGAGACCCAAAAAGAACUCAGUUUAUUGCAAGGUACUGUUUUGACGAAAUAUCUGACGCUAAAAUUGUAUGUUGAAGUUUAUCUUAAUUCUUUUUUCGGGAUGUAUCAACUUCUGUAUAACAUAUGCGACAACGAUCGCAACCGUAACACUAAUUGAGACCCUCGGUCACGGUUUUCAGGACAAUUCCGAGGAUUUCAAACCUUUGACAGAAAGGAGUACUAUUUGCCUCCCCCUGGAGUGGAAAACUGAAACAAGGUCAAUGAAAACGUCUGUUAAUUAUUCAGUCCGCCUUAAAGGCGUUUCUAUUUUUCCACACAUUUCUUUGAUAAGGGUUAGAGAUUUAUGCAUCAACUGCUCGCACCUGCGCGUUAUUUUCAGGAGGUUUUUGGGCUCACAAUUUUUGUCUGUGGCUUUUUCAAGUUCUUUCGCUCUUGUCAUUACAAAGAACAAAGAAAAAUAUUUCAGUUUAAACUGAAGUACUUUAUCAACAGAAUGAUAAAUUAUUUACAAAAAAAUACAGUCGCAAUCUUUUUCAUUUAGUAGGUAAAUUGGUCUGUGUUUCAGUGAUAUUAUUGCAUGUUUGCAAGUGUUCAGUUUUUUUUUUAGAAUUAGUAAUAAUUUUUCCUGAGACGUAAUCAGAUGACUCAUACCUAAUUCGAGGAUUUAAGUUUCCGGCGGUUAGAGAACUUUUUUUUAACAAGAAAACCUUGUAAAGUGAGUAAGCUUUGUUUUUGUGCCGCAAAAUUAAAACAUGCUCAUCCAAGCUUUUAAAAUCUAUUGUUUAUGGCGAGAUUAUUACCCCACUUAUAAUUGUUCUUUUGGUAAUUGAGCCCGUGCGCCAGAGAACUAUUUGAAUAAGCUAAUGCCUCAGUGUUGUAGAAACAGUCAGGCUUCGUUGAUCAAACUUAGCAAGACACGCAAACUUUGUGAAAAUGAACGAAGGUAGUUCCUCUGGCAGAAGGCAAAGCCAUUCUAGUCGCACACUGUCGGAAGAAACCGAAUCCAAUGCGGUUUUAUUCGAGAAUUCUGUAGAGAAGAUUGGACGUCAACGAAGUCCUUCCGUGGAAAGCGAGCAAAGCGGUCGCAAAGUCUCCCAAGAAAGCAACCUUUCGCGAAAGAUUACUGGACUGUCAAGACGUAUAUCUGCCGCGUCUUUCUUCUCCAAUUUCAAGAAGCCAGCUGUUGAAACAAAACCAACGGAUGAAAAAUUGAAGAAAACCUUCGAGAAUACGUACCGAUUGGAGCCAAAGAUUCGUUUUCCAGAAGGAAAGGUUCGGGUGGUGAUUCAAGAAGCUUUGGAUACUUUAGACUCCCAUACAUACAGUGCUCAUCACACGCCGUUUCUUGUCAAGUUGCUGACUGCUCGGAUACUGGAAAACGUAAAACAGCUGAACAUUGAGCGAUACAAGAUUGUUUGUAUGAUUACCCUUGGAACAAAAGAGUCCCAAGGAGUCAGAGUGGCAAGUCGCUGUCUGUGGAAUAGCCACUUCGAUACGUGUGUUAGCGCGUGUUUUGAGAGAGAAAAAUUCUUUGCUGUUGGAACAGUUUACGGUAUUUAUUACGAGUAA